UGACAGAAGCCACCCAGGGCCUGCACUUGGCCCCCUGGCUCUAGAUGCAGCUGGAGCUUCUGCUUUGGCUGCUGCUGUUGCUUUCGAUAUUUAGGGGGCGUGUGUGUGCAAGUGAAGAGAGACUUCCAGCCCCUGCUUCCUCAGGUCAUACAAAGCUGGCGUUGGCACAGUGAAGAACUAAAAACAAUGGAAGAGAGGAAAAUGAAGAGGAGGAGUCCUAAGUCUUUCAGUACUCAUUCAACUCAGGUGGUUAAUGCCAAAAAGAAUGCCAUUCCAGUAAGUAAAAGCACUGGAUUUUCAAAUCCUGCAUCUCAGUCAACAUCGCAGCGGCCAAAAUUAAAAAGGGUGAUGAAAGAAAAGACCAAACCUCAGGGUGGAGAAGGGAAAGGCACCCAGGCCCCUCCCAUACAGCAUUCCUUCCUUACUGAUGUCUCAGAUGUCCAGGAGAUGGAGAGGGGCCUUCUCAGCCUUUUGAAUGAUUUCCACUCUGGGAAGCUUCAAGCAUUUGGAAAUGAAUGCUCCAUUGAACAGAUGGAACAUGUUCGGGGAAUGCAGGAGAAAUUAGCUCGCUUGAAUUUGGAGCUCUAUGGAGAGUUAGAGGAACUUCCUGAGGAUAAGAGAAAAGCAGCCAGUGAUUCUAAUUUGGAUAGACUUCUGUCUGAUCUAGAAGAAUUGAACUCUUCCAUACAGAAACUCCAUCUGGCAGAUGCGCAAGAUGUUCCGAACACUUCUACAAGCUAAAAUGAAAUGCAGUUGCUUCCUUACAGUCUGAAGAGAAGGCACUUUUUUUUUUUUUUGAUUUUUCAGCUGAAGCCAGUAGCAGAAUCCUCCUCCACAAUAAGGAUUUACAAAUGAUUACCACGUGCAAGUGCCAUAAUUGUGUUCAUGUGCUGCUAUUAGUGAAUUUGACUCGCAGUGAUUCACCGUUAGUGAAGACGGGCUUUGCUGAAGGCUUCAUGGGGACACGUGAUGCCUUGGUGGUGCUGCUCUGCUUUUUCUUGUUGCCUUAUACUUGAAAUGUCUUGCGCUUGAUAUCAUGGCCCAGGCUGGGAGGACUUACCCUUUCCUGAGCUCACCAAACUCCUUCCAGCGUCGUUCCUAAGUUACCAAGGCUCAGGCUUGUUUUGCGGCAGCCCAGCGGAGACAGUUUACAUUAGACAAUCAGUACACAUGCUAAUGAGUGUGCCAAUGACCAGUGACUACAAAGUGAGCCAUUAAGGAUUUGUGAAAUUUGCUAUUUUUUUAAUAAAGUGAUUGUUUUCCAUUA